CCGAAUUUUGUCAUUUGGAGUCAUUGCAUUUCGAGGAUAUAAACGCCAUUGGUGGUUGGAGAAUAGACGCAUCAACAUGGCAGACAAUAAUGAGACAGUGUCGCUAACGCCACCGGAUGCACGGCGAAUAUUUUUGAAAGAAUUAAAACGUCGUAUUAUUAAAGCACGCAGUGCCCAAACGGUUGGUUGGCUGGAGCAACACUUAGAGAAUGCAACCGAUUCAGUCUUGGCACAAAUCGAUGAUAAAUUGAACACGUUGAACACGUUCCUGCUAAGAAAAAAUAGCAUAUUGAUUGAUGCUCAGCAGCAGCAGGAAACCACCGUUGUAUACGCGCUGACUGGAAAUGAAGAGAACAUCAAAAAUAUGAUCGAUAGAGAUGCUGACGCAGCAACGCUGCGAUCCGCAAAAAUGGCAGGCAAAGCGAAUGCAAUUGCAGCUCCAUUGACAUGAGAUUCACCUCGCUGCUGUUUGAACUGGAACUGGAAGUGCUGCUGCACUUUCUGCUUAAAAGUUUCCUUUGGCAUCGUUAAUUUGAUAUAGCGCAAGCGAAUUUCACAAUAUUAGUGAUGGAAGAUGCUCCAAUAUAGGUGUGAACUUUUGAGGGAAGUUGUUCGAUACAAGUAAAUAUCGAUAUUUUGUCGAGAGAAAUACAUUUUUAACAUUACAGACGUUAAAUUCAAUUUAAACAUCUCUAAAAUUUGAAGAAAACUAAACUAAAAAAAAGCUGCUUAACUUUGCUCAAAAAGCCAGAAUUCCCGCUGCC